GCACGACUGCGUAGCAAGUCGCCGCAAAGCACCAGUGGAAGCACAACCUGUGCCGUCGGAGAACGUAAAGGACCUCAACCGGUUUCCCUCAACGUUACAUUCCCUCCGUACAUUGCAUUGGGAGAGCAAGCCAGCAUCAUUGUUACAGCCACAAGCAACGUCGAUCAAUGCAUUGUGGUCUGCAAGCCACACAGAACGUGGAUAUAGUCUCGACACCUUGCGACAUCUACGCUUCGAUAUGUCAACUCUCGGGUACCACGUCGUUCAUCUUCAACGUAGUCCCAUUUGCUGCUGGAAUCGGCACACUCACUGCAGCCGUGGAAUACAAUCCCGAAUUUGCUUCGUACGGUUCAGGCACUAAUGUGUAUCCCCACACGGGCGUUGAGAGGGUUGCCGUGUCUCUGAACAUCAGGCCAGAAGGAGUGGUGGUGCCCGUGACCAUUACGUACCCAAUCUGCGCUGAAGAACGACUGAUUGGACUGACUGGCGAUGUUGGUGGCAGAGUGACUGGGACGGGUCGAAAAGAGACUGGAGAGUAUGCGGACCCUGGCACUGUUGGUGGCGCUGCGACUGGAAAGGGACACAGCAACGUCAGACGGAGGUCCGUCUGUGAUACGACAACCCUUCCUGGCUACCCAGCAACUGGUCACGUAUACGUCACAGGUGACCGUAUGCCGAGAAGAGGAUACAUCGACGUUGACCCUGCUCUGACGAGUCUAAUGUUCUCCUACGCUGAGGGAACAUUGGCAUACUUGACGGUUAAUGCAUACCUAUACAAUUACACCCAGGGCACGGGACAAGACAGCUACCAGUUCAAAGAAAACCUUAUUGCAGCAUACGAAAGACAGAAGGCAUUCAGGGCUGGGGACGGCUCCUACGGAAGCAACAGCGGUGCCGACAACGAAAGGAGUGUCUAUCUGACAGCGUUCGCCGUGCAGGCUCUAAUAGAUGUGUCAAGCGUCAUGCGUGACCCCACCGGUACCAUCGACGCCGACAUCGCACAAAGCAUACAGUAUUUAAGAUCCCUGCAGGAUCCUUCCACAGGUUGUUACCGAGAAACGGGUCAUGGAAAUCCUGCAUUUUCGAGUCCGGCGUGUCUGACUCUGUACGUGGCGGUGGCGGUUCUCAAAGAGGGAGAGAAGGACUACGACUUUUAUAACCGCGUCGUGCAAUGUGUGGAAGCUCAACCCACGGUCACCAAUCACUCGUUGGCAUUGUACGCCUAUGUGGCUGCAAAAAUUGGAGAAAAAGCAAAGGCUUCUGAGCUCAUCAGCACGCUCUUUGCAAAUGCCGACCAUUACUAUUACUACACCUACUGGGCUGACAGUACAUACUACAAACAAGUGGAAACUGCUGGAUACGUCAUAAUUGCCACGUACCUGAAUGGCCAGGACAUGACACCCGCUGCACCAGUGUCGGAGUACUUGAUUGAACAGCUGAACAUCGGUGGAGUAACGUCUUACACAGCGGCGUAUGCUGUUGGCAUCCAUGCACUGUAUCACUACGUCUUUGACGUGACGUACAGACCUCAUGUCUCGAUGAUGCUCACUGUGUCCGCUACAAACGGCUAUAGCACCCCUCGUUCGGUUGACUUCGACAUAACUGAUGAAAACAAGUUCAUGUACCAGCACAGAGUCCUUGAAAAGUCUACUGCGACGGGGUUUCUAACCACAAUUCGACCAGGAGGGAUUGGCUGUGCUGUUAUAUUUGUCAAGUAUAGCCUCAACGUGAACAGCUUGAGACCAUCCAACACCUUUCAAGUGAACGCAACGUCCGUUUCGCCAAGCGAUUGUUCUGCAGCAGAUGUUACCAUCUGUGUGUGGAAUACGCAGUAUUAUUAUGCAAGGACUGUCGUCAUUGAUGUCACGCUCUUGUCUGGAUAUACCGUUGACGUUGCUUCCCUGGAGGGUCUUCUCUGCAGUGGAGGCGUCCUUGCCUACACCGUCGGUGCGAACUCACUAAUGAUUCUGCUAGAGGUGACUCCGACAGGCAGCUGUUUCCGCUUCCGUCAGAACCGGAUCGCUGUGGUCGGCAAUUUGCGACCGGCUCCAGUGACUGUUACGGACUACUAUAAUAGCGUGAACAAUGUCUCCACCCUAUACACUGCUGGGGACAACUGUGCGGAACCCAACACGAUGUUCGGUACGGGUGGAUCCUACACCUUUGGCGCGUCAAAGCAAUAUGGUGGACCAUAUACUUCUCACUAAUAUUUUGCGGAAAGCGUGAAAUACCUUCCUAUACAUUAUGGAGACCUAGUGGUGAUACGUGCGUAUCGCUACA